AUGGGUUCCUCAAGUUCCAAACAGAAGCAUCCCACCUGGGGUCCCGGCGGAAACCCUUCCAAGGCUCAGCAGCCUGGAGGAUUCCCGCCAGCCAGCUCCAUUGCUGUAGCUCCCGUCACCCAUACCGGUUCGGCACCCAUGUGGAGCGACAAAGGUUCUUCACGACACAACGACUUCUAUCGCAACAAUACACAGCACUUGAGAACGGAUGGGGCCUUGAAUGGGCAGAAAAUGCCCCCAAUGGCACCAUUCAAUGUACAGUAUGAGCACGGAAAGGCUCUCGACAAACGAGCCGAGCGCCUUGACAACGACGUCAAGACAUAUAAGGCGACAGCCAACCCCCAGGGCAGGAUGGAAAAGAAGCGCGGUAACCCGGACUUCCGUGGCAAUCCACCAGAGAGUCAGGAGUGGCACAAUGGGGCAGCUGAACGUUUAGAUGAGGCCAGCCGGACAUGGAAGGCGUAA